UAGUUUACUGAAGCAAUUGUCGGCAUUCAAAAUGGCGACGACCACGAGCAUGACUCGAGUUUUAGCAAGACUGCAGCAUUCAAAAGAAAUGAUACUGCAAUGGCUAUUUCGCAAUCAACCGCCUGGUAUGUAUGGUGCCCUAGCCUAUGAUGCCUCCCCCUCUCUACCAGAGGCUCAUCAGUCCAACCAAAGCCCGAAGUCUGUGCUAGGAUCUAUUGUAGACAGUAUGCUUUGGGCUACUGUACCUAGGAACAGACAAUCACUGGAGAAGAGACUGACUAGGAAACAUGCCAUGACCAAACACUUCGAAGCUGCAAUACCUAAGAAAAAUAUCAUUGCAUGUCUAGAAUGUGGUCAUUGGCAUGAAAGACACACUAUCUGUGGCAACUGCUACAAGAAGGUAAAAGACGAGACGAAGGAGUUGAAGGCGGCCAUGGGAGAUGAUUUCCACUACAAUAUACCCAGGCAGGAAAUUCAAGUGAUGUAUCAGGAGGAAAAAGAUCAGCGCCAAAAGUAUAAAGGAAAAUAUGUUAUAGAAAUGGACAAGCCAAGGCCACAGUGGUUCCCUAGAAACUUGCUGACUCGUGGAAAGGGGAAUACAUAGAAUGGUGGUUGCUGAUACAACAUUAACCCCUGUCAGUAUGCCCUACACCUCCCCCUGUAAUACUAAAGCUGAAGUGAUCACUGUCAUAUGUGGUAUUACAAAAGUCUACCCAAGAUUAUAUGCAAUUCACAGAAACUCAGCAUACAGAAUCAUCCCUACCUUGCAGUGCUGACAAUGGGCAAGUCCAGUCCAUUUUCUAAAACUGGUUUAGCAUUCAGUAUGACUCUUCUGAGAAUUUCCUUUCAGAUGAAGAUGGCAACCUUGCACUAGAUAAUUUUACAAUACUUUAACACAAAUGGACCUUACCCAAAGCUAUGACUCAUACAGGAAAUAUUAUUAAAACAGAUCCAUUUUCUG